AUGACUCCGUACGUAGCGUACAUGGGUUCAGGACCACUGACAAUUCUGCGGAUCGUCGAAGGACUUGGAGAAGGAACUACCUUCCCGGCUCUCUGCACUCUCCUGGCCCAGUGGGCUCCACCAGAAGAAAAGGGAAAGCUCUCCACGCUGGUGUUUGCAGGUGUGCAAAUCGGUAAUAUUUUUUCAAACUUCUUGAGUGGUUUCAUCAUACAAUACAUACCCGGUGGUUGGCCUAAUGUAUUUUACUUCUUCGGUAUAACCUCGUUGAUUUGGUUCGUGCUGUGGUGCAUAUUCGUUUACAAUGACCCAAACUCUCAUCCGUUUAUAUCAGACAUGGAGCGUGACUAUUUAAAACAGUCGAUCGGAAGCCUAGAAAGGAAAAAGGACUUGGCCCCCACACCAUGGAAAUCCAUAUUAACGUCGUGGCCAGUAUGGGCACUAAUUAUUGUUGAAGCAGGACAUGACUGGGGUGGUUUCACAAUUAUCAGCGAUCUCCCAAAAUAUAUGAGUGACGUUUUACACUUUUCGAUUACUGAGAACGGUUUAUUGUCGUCCAUCCCAUACAUCGCCCAAUGGGUUACGUCGAUCUUAGCUAGCAUAUUGGCCGACCGGCUGAUAAGCAAAAGAAUAAUGAGUGUAACUGCGGUCAGAAAAGUUUACGCUAUUAUAGGAACUGUUGGACCUGGUAUGGGUGUGAUGUGUGCUUCGUUUGUUGGAUGUGACAAAAUGAUCGCCACUCUGUGUUUUACUUUGGGUAUGGCAUUAAUGGGAUUCUGUUAUCCCAGCAUUCGUAUCAAUUCACUCGACUUGUCACCCAAUUAUGCUCCUACCAUCAUGGCACUAGUCAACGGUAUUGGUUGCUUAUCAGGAAUGGCCACUCCAUACGUCGCCGGAAUUCUCACACCAAACAGAACCGUCUUAGAGUGGCGUCUUGUAUUUUGGAUUAUGAUGAUAGUCAUGACAGCAUCAUCUGUGGUGUAUGGGCUAUUUGGAUCCGGCGAGUUGCAACCAUGGGACGACUUGGAACAAUAUUAUCUAAAAGAAAAAGAAAAAGCAAAGAGGGGGUUACCUAUGGACGAAAGAUUAAGUAUAAUUUAUUCAAAAUCCAUAGAAGAUGGAAAAUUGAUAAAUAAUUAGAAACCUGACUACCUAAUAAUACGAACGAUACUAUCCUACACUGUAAAUAAUGUUACCUAUUAGUUAUAUACUGAUUAUAUAAUGUGAAUAUUUAUUUAGUUUGUAAAUACUUGUUAUAUUUAGAACCAUAUUAAUGUUUUAAUAAUAUGUAAAAAUAACAAUAGGAAAAUACAUUAUUUUUGUACAUUACAAUUUGUAUAUUAGUUUUGAAUUAAAUAAAAAUUAAAUU